AUGCUUUUGUGUGGUAUCGGUUACACAAAUUUAGUUGCGGGAACAUGUCCUGUCAUAGCCGAACAUCAACAACAGCAGCAAUACGAAAGUUGUUCCUCUAAUUCCGCAUCCACAUCUACUUUGCAUGCUUUUCAUUUUAUUGUAUCUGGGCAACAAGCAACAACUGUAAAUGAUGUAGCAUGUCAGUGUGAUGGUGAAAUUGGUAGUGAUAACGAUGAUAACAGUGGCAAUAGCGGUACUUGUGGUUGCAGCUCAAAUGAUGGUCUUUUUCCAACAAACCCAUCGUUACUGUUACCUGUUAAAAUCGGCGCUUUACGCAAAAGACAGCUGGUAACAUUUCAUUCAACGUUGAGUUGCAUGAAACUGUUAAACGACUUAGAAAGUGAAAAUGCACCAUUGUUUGCUGAUACUCUCCGUGACUCCUCGCUGUCUUCCCUUACGCAAUCGACCGGACAGAAGACGUUCGAGUACUCAGUAUGUCGUAAUCAUGUUCCUGUGAUUUCUGCUGGUAUCACUGAUACCACUCCACUACCAGUUGUUGCUACUACGGUAGUAAGCAAUGACACUAUUACUGAACAACAUGCUUUUACGCCUACUGUCAACGACAUUCCGACUAGAAAAAUGAGGUUGGCAUCAUCUUAUGAUGUCACUGUUGUUCGGGUUCGACACUUGACAUUAUCACGUUCGGCUAGUGAUUCUAAAUUGUGCAUUGGAACUGGGCCACAGCCAGAGCUUGCACUUGCUGAUAUACAAUCAUAUGACGCACGUUGUAAAGGUAUUGAUGAAUUAAGUCGUGUAACUGCAGAUAUCGCUGCCGAGAAUCCGGAUAUGAUCCGUUUUCAACAAGUACUCAACUCAUGGGGUAAUGCUGAUGUGUUAUGGUCUGUGUUUAAUGGAAAUGCGCUAUUGUUGAACAGUAAAGACUUGUCACUUCCAUCAUAUACACGUCAUGCGUCAAAUACUUAUGUUGAUAUUGAUAUGCUCAGUAAGGAAUUUCGAGAAAGGAUAUGUGCUAUACUACAGAAGAGUAGCAUUGGAGAAAAUUUGCUAAAGAAUUCCCUCAAUGGUACCAUUUUCUUGUUACAAGCACGAAGCAAUUUUAUUGCUGGCCUACUUUUAAUACAUCAAAAUCAGUGUACAGUGGAAUCGGAACGCAGUUUUCUUACGCCUCAUUUACAUUUAAUUGCCGCAUUACUUUCUAUUGUUGCCAACAUUGAAGAGCAGAAACGUUUAGCACAACAAUCCGAAGUGUUUCUUACCAUGACGCAGAAUGUAUUCUCUAGCUUACAAGAUAUGAACUUAUUGGUGAGAAAUAUAACGAAAGAAGCCAAAACUCUUGUGCAUGCCGAAAUAUGUUCAUUGUUUCUUCUUGAUCGUGAGAACUCUGAAUUGGUUGCGGAAGUAUUCGAAAAAGAUGGCUCAAAUGAUGAGUACCUAACGGAAAUCAGAAUGCCAGUGUCUCUAGGCAUUGUUGGACAGGUUGCAAGCACUGGAGAAAUGAUGAAUGUUAAAGAAGCCUAUAGUCAUCCAUCUUUCUAUCCAAAAGUGGAUGAACGAACCGGUUUUGUUACGCGAAAUAUAUUGUGCUUCCCGAUCAAGGAUAGUUCUGGAAACCUCGUUGGCGUGGCUGAGCUAUGUAAUAAAAUUGGAAAGCCUGCCUUUACGAAGCACGAUGAACAAAUUGCGAUGACAUUUGCAGUAUAUUGUGCUAUCAGUAUAUCACAUUGUCUGCUUUAUCGGAAGCUGCAAGAAGCUCAUAGACGAUCACAUCUGGCUGCGGAAUUACUAGUACAGAGUUCCACAUUGUCGAUUGCACCAGAAGAUUUGUUACGAUUAACAGUAGGUGAAAUACCAGCAACGACUUCCUUUUCUCCAGAAUUUGAUCAUUUUAAUUUUCCACCACGUUCCAUAGGAUCAGGUGAUACCUAUGUUGAAGCAGCAUUGUCCAUUUUUAAGGAUCUGGGUUUUGUUCAACGAUUUCGCUUACAGCGACAAACGUUGGCUUGUUUCUUAUUAAUGGUUCAAAAGGGUUACCGUGAUGUGCCUUAUCACAAUUGGUCUCAUGCAUUUGCAGUUGCGCAUUUUGUAUAUUUGUUAUUGCGGACUGAAACAGCACAUAAUGCACUCAAUGAACUAGAAAGUUUUGCUCUCUUUGUUGCAAGUUUAUGCCAUGAUAUCGAUCACCGUGGUACUACCAAUGCAUUCCAAGUACAGUCGCGUACACCGCUGGCUCAGUUAUAUAGCAGCGAAGGCUCGGUGUUGGAACGACAUCAUUUUGCUCAAACAAUAUCAAUAUUAAAUAUGGAAGAAUGCAAUAUAUUCGUUUCAUUAAAUCGACAUCAGAAGAACGAUGUGAAGACACGUGUUAAAUUGUACUUUAUUGCUAGUGGAACCCACUCAAACUUGGGUAAUUAA